GUUUAAAUCCCACCCCAAGUUGAAAAAAAAAAAACGGUUUUAUUUUAUUUUAUUCUCCAAUAUUCAAUGAUCAAUAAUUUUGAGGAGCACAAUCGCGGUGCGUAGCGGGAAUAGAACCCGCCAAUUUCACGUACAGGGUCACAUUCACACCGGGCAUUGACGCAAAACAACAAACACCUUGUCCUCAUCUCCAUAACCACACGACGAGCGGCAAACCACCGAACAGCCAACGCAAUCGAUAUCUUUCUAUCUCGAAUACCAGAGCGACAAACUUGGAGUUUGAUAAUCGAUUUUCAUGGCGACGGCGGCUUCUUCAUCUCUUCAACCCACUCUCCAUAAACCAUUUUUAUACCCAAAACACCCACAACUCUGUCGCAAUUCUCAAUUCCGUCCUCGUCUCGGAUACUCCUCUAAUGGCGUCCGCUUCUCCACCAUUCGCGCGACGAGCUCCGUGAUUGCCCUAGAACCGAGUUCAAGCGUUGAGGAAAAUCGGAGUUCGGAAGUUUCUGAGGUGUUUGCUUGUCCAGUGUGUUAUGAACCGCUGAUUAGAAAAGGACCUUCUGGCCUUAAUUUGGAAGCAAUAUACAGGUCGGGAUUCAAGUGCAAAAAAUGUAACAAGUCAUAUUCAAGUAAAGACAUAUAUUUGGAUUUGACUGUAACUGCUGGGUUGAGAGACUACACGGAGGUGAAACCAGCUGGGACUGAGUUAUUCCGGAGCCCUCUUGUUUCAUUCUUAUACGAAAGAGGGUGGCGUCAGAAUUUCAACAGAAGCGGUUUUCCUGGCCCUGAUGAAGAGUUUAAAAUGGCUCAAGGCUACUUUAAAUCUGUUGAAGGUGGUCUUCUAGUAGAUGUUAGCUGUGGGAGUGGCUUAUUUUCCAGAAAGUUUGCCAAAUCUGGGACCUAUUCUGCAGUGAUUGCACUUGAUUUUUCUGAAAACAUGCUUCGUCAGUGUUACGACUUCAUUAAGAGAGAUGGUGCCCUUUUAAAUAGUAAUCUUGCUCUCGUGAGAGCAGAUGUUUCAAGGCUUCCAUUCUCAUCAGGCUCAGUCGACGCUGUCCAUGCCGGUGCCGCAUUGCAUUGCUGGCCUUCUCCUACGAAUGCUGUUGCUGAAAUCACUCGUAUAUUACGGAGCGGUGGCAUCUUUGUUGGAACCACUUUUCUGCGGUAUACUUCAUCUACGCCAUUGAUAGUAAGGCCUCUUAGGCAGAGAGUACUUCAGAACUACAACUAUUUAACGGAGGAAGAGAUUGAGGACUUGUGCACAUCAUGCGGUCUUACCAACUACUCAAGCAAAGUUCAGCAAUCUUUCAUCAUGUUUUCUGCUCAGAAGCCCUGAGACCAAGUACGGACCAUUUGAAUAUCAUUUCUCCAUACCUCGUUUUGUCGUAUUCUUAAAUUCAUUUUGUUGCAUAAUGUAAAAUCAUUACAAUGAAAACAUUUUUAAAAUAACUAAAAGAGCACAACAAACACAAAAACCUGAAAAAGUUAUGGCCUGGGGCAGAGCCGCAGAUGUAAAGAGUGGUAUUAAUUGAUGAGAUGUAUGUUAUUUUAUUAUCUGAAUUGUGAGAAAACUAAUUGUGAUUAAACACAUGAACAACUGCAUUAGUGGCAGGUUUAAUAGCUACUAUUACG